UGUCCAUCAACCAGUCUGCCAUUUCAGUUCUGACUCAGCAAUCACUUACAAAACUAAUCUAAUGUAAUCUAAUCUAAUCAUCUCCUUAUUUGUUUCCCUUCCAAAGAAAGAGAAGAAAGUACACAAAAAUGGCUGCAGAACCGAGGAAGAUCAUCAUUGACACUGACCCUGGUAUUGAUGAUGCCAUGGCAAUCUUUUUGGCCUUGAGGUCACCAGAAGUUGAGAUUAUAGGACUCACUACCAUUUAUGGCAAUGUUUACACAACACUUGCCACAAGAAACGCCUUACAUUUGUUGGAGGUUGCUGAGAGGACUGACAUUCCGGUGGCUGAAGGAUCUCAUUUCACUAUCACUAAAGGUACAAAACUUCGUAUUGCUGAUUUUGUCCAUGGUGCUGACGGACUUGGCAACCAAAAUUUCUCUCCACCAAAAGGAAAGGCAAUUGAACAAUCAGCAGCUGCUUUUAUGGUUGAGCAAGCAAAACUUUACCCUGGGAAAGUCACCGUGGUGGCAUUAGGACCACUAACAAAUCUUGCACUGGCUGUUGAACUAGAUCCUGCAUUUGUAAAGAACAUUGGGCAGAUAGUUCUUCUCGGUGGUGCUUUCUCGGUAAAUGGCAAUGUGAAUCCAGCAGCAGAAGCCAAUGUGAAUUUUGGUGAUCCAGAGCUGCAGAUAUGUAUUACAUGUGGAGCAGAUGUUGUGGCUGUGGGUAUUAAUGUUACUCAUCAAGUUGUUAUGACAGAUGCUGAUCGAGAGAAGUUGGCACAAUCGAAUGGAAAAUUUGCUCAGUAUUUAAGCAAAAUCUAGGUGUACUUUGCUUAUCAUCGUGAGGCAUACUCUAUGAGAGGAGUUUACCUUCAUGAUCCAGCAGCUCUUCUUGUAGCUGUUAAUCCUUCACUUUUCACUUAUACUGAGGGUGUUGUCAGAGUCCAGACUAGUGGAAUUACAAGAGGACUCACAAUAUUAUACAACAAACAAAAGAGAUUCGCAGAGGUCACCGAGUGGUCAGAGAAACCUACAGUAAAGGUAGCAGUCACGGUCGAUGCUCCAUCCAUCGUCAAACUACUCAUGGAUCGGCUUAUGGACUAAUUGAAAUACACACUUGAAACAGUUCUAUACGACAAUCCGGUGAGUCCCUGAUAAUGAACCUGCCCUUGAUUUCUAGUUCAGAACCACCCCAUAUAAUUGAUCAAAGUGAUAUUGCAAAGCUAUUGAGCUUGAAUUGAAUUCACAUCAUUACUUAUUGAUUGCAAUAAAACUAUAUUACAUGUAAUUUUUCAUGUAAUAUCAUGUACCAAUAAUGUAACAAUUUGUUGAAUAACAUUAUUUGUCUCAAGCA